CUCCGCACCUGCCGACACACACACAGACGUACAGGAUGACUGUUCUGAGUUACCUGAAGAGGCGGGUGUUUGGCAAGUCGGCCUUUGUUAUCAAGCGUGUGGUUGUGCCUGCUGCUGCUGUGUUCCUGUUGAUGCAAGUGUUGUUCUCAGGAAGUCCAGCUCAGCAUGACCAGAAGGCGGCAUCAGACCUGUCCAACCUCAUCGUGCCAGGCGAGGCAAUAGAUCCAGUGCUACAGCGGAAGACUGGACACCACUUCGGGAACCCCCAGCCUGGCGCCGCCCCGUGCACACCCCGGAGAAGCCCCCAGCCCAUUAUGUCCCCGUCCCCUCCCCCCUGCCAGCCCCCUCACCCGUACUUGACCAGGGAGGCAGGAAGGCGCAGCUACAGAAAGAGGAACUAA